CGACAGUCGACAGUCGACACACGGCCGACCGGCGUUGUCGAGUGCACUGCGUUUUCAAAUCGGCGUUACAGCGAAACCGGACGGUGUCCGCGUGUUUCAACCGGUGCAGGUUUUCCCGUACGAAUAUCCCGGGUGUGCGUCAACCGACCGCGUUAUUUUCGGUGCGAUAUGAACGGCCGUCAGCUGUGGUAAACGCCGGCAUAACAACAAUCUUAUAGUAUCUAAACGGACUAGCCAACAACAACACCACCGCCACGAUGUCCCGCGGCGGGACGACGGAUAACAGGUGCUCCAGAAUAGGGAGUUGUGGAGUACCUGAUAUGACAUCGAUAUCGGACAUAGACGAAGAUGUCAUUAACCGGAACCUACAAGCGAGAUACUCUAAAAACCACAUAUACACUUACACUGGAACGAUAUUAGUUGCUGUGAAUCCUUAUAAAGAGUUGGGCAUAUAUUCAAAUGAUUAUGUAUUUCAAUACCAUGGAUUUAAAAUUGGUGUUUUGGAGCCACAUGUGUUUGCUGUGGCUGAAGCCGCAUACAACAGUCUCCAAACUGGCGAUAUCGAUCAAUCGUGUGUCAUAUCGGGGGAAAGUGGAGCAGGCAAGACAGAAACCACCAAAUUCAUCUUGCAAUACUUAUGCUCAGUUACUAGUAACAUCAGCACGUGGGUUGAACAACAAAUACUUGAGGCUAAUACGAUAUUAGAAUCAUUUGGAAAUGCUAAGACUGCGCGGAACGAUAAUUCUAGUAGAUUUGGGAAAUUCAUGCAAGUGUGUUUUGACAACAAAUGGAUGAUAAAGGGUUGUAUAAUUCAGGACUACUUGCUAGAACAGUCGAGAAUAACUUUUCAAAGUGCGGGAGAGCGAAAUUAUCAUGUGUUCUAUCAGCUCGCGGAGGGCGCAAGGCAUAACAAAGACUUGGUGGAACUGUACAAAUUGAAACCACCUGAGUUUUACAACUAUUUGAACCAGUCUGGAUGUAUCAAAAUUGACGGAGUUUCAGAUGUACACAAGUUCGACGCUUUGCGCUUAGCUUUUAAUGUGUUACGCAUACCAUUGAACAUGGUGGAUGGCAUUUUCUGCGUUCUGUCUGCCAUACUUUGGCUGGGAAACACAGUAUUUCGGGAUAUUGACGGCGAAAAAUGCCAACUGACAGAAAAUGAUCAUGAGAUAUUGUCGGUUGUCUCUCAUUUGCUCGGAUUACAAACCGAAGACGUUGUUCAUGUCGCCCUACUCAGACAGAUCAACGUCCGAGGUAAUAUUACGGAAAUACCGUUGAAAUUACAAGAGGCUAUCGAAAAUCGACACGCAAUGGCUAAAGCGUUGUACUCGAGAACGUUUGCAUGGCUGGUAAAUCAUAUAAAUACUUGUACAAAUCCGGGUCAAGACUCGUCUAGGCUCCUGGGUGUGUUGGACAUAUUCGGAUUCGAAAAUUUUGCAGUAAACUCUUUUGAACAGUUAUGCAUUAACUACACAAACGAAAAACUUCACAAAUUUUUUAACCAUUAUGUUUUCGCUCUAGAACAGGAGAUCUACCGCCAAGAAGAAAUUCAAUUUUUCCACAUUCAAUUCACAGACAACACGACAUGCUUGGAACUCAUUGAAAAACCACCUCGUUGUAUCCUGAAACUGUUAACCGAGCAAUGCCAUAUGCCGAAAGGGUCUGACACUACUUACCUAAUGAAUUUGCACACGGAAUUUGAGAGUCAUCCAAACUUUGUGAAGGGAGGCGACCGUCGAAAAUGGGAGUCUGAAUUCGGCAUUGUGCAUUAUGCCGGAUCGGUGACGUAUGCGGCCAGUGGGUUUGUUGACAAAAAUCGCGAUGUACAGCAAGACGUGUUCUUUGAUUUUAUGACCCGCUCGACCAAUGUCUUUGUCCGUGAGCUCAUCAAGUACCAGGAUUUGCUGGGAGCCACUGUAUCUCGAAUGGGUAAUAACAACUCAACGACGACCAGAGGCACGACCAAAGGGCGACCUACUGUAAGUGAUACGUUUAGACAUCAACUGCAAGCUCUAGUCGAUGUUCUUCAGUCCACAAACCCGUGGUACGUGAGGUGUAUUAAACCAAAUAUGAUCAAAGCUCCAGACCAUUACAACGAAAAACUUGUUUUGGAUCAGCUGAAAUACUUAGGAAUGCUGGACAUUAUCAGGAUUCGUAAAGAAGGUUAUCCCAUACAUUUAUCAUUUAAUGAGUUUCUAAGCCGUUAUAGAUGUUUAGUUAGGAAAAAGUUACCGGAUGAUGAACGUUCGGCUGUUAACGCGUUCUUGACUUUACAAAAUAUUCCCACCGAAGAAUGCCAAAUAGGUAAAUCCAAAGUUUUUUUACGAAAUAAAGCUCACGAACCUCUCGAAGACAAACGAAAAGUUAUGCUCAACCAAAUGGCUAUAGUUAUUCAACAAACUUGGAAAGGUUAUUUUGUCAGGAAAGAUUAUUUAAAAGUACGAUCUGCUAUAAUAAUCAUUCAAAAUGCGUUCAAAAGCUGGAAACAACGAUUAGAAUUUUUGAAAAAGCGAAGAGCAGCUAUCAUAAUUCAAUCCCAUUUAAGAGGAGUGUUCGCGCGUGAGGUCGCGGCUGCAUUAAGGGAAAUGAGAAGAGUUGAAGAAGAAAUGCGUAAGCGUGAACGAAUGGAGGAAGAAAAACGUAAAGCCGAAGUUGCCAGAGAACAAGAAGAGCAGUCGAAAGAGGUGCAAGCUCAAAAAGAAGAAGAAGAAAAAAUAUCUGAAAUUGAGUUUGCCAAGUUAACAGAACAAUUGAACACGAGGUUAAACGUUGAUCCAGUACACGAAUCUGUAGAUCUUGACAAUUUGUUUGCGUUCCUAUCGGACGUACAAUCUGGUCAAUCAACGACUAACUCCAUUGGAGACCGUAUGAAGGACAUAGUAAGCGAUUUAGAUGAGUUGGAAAGUGUUAUUCAACAGGAAAUAGACAGUGUUGAAAUGGAACAUAAUAAAAGAGAGAAGGCAAUGUCUCCCUCAAAUCAACCUAUUUUGCCGGAACCAUCACAUCCACCACCUCCUCCACCUCCGUUUAAUCAAGAACCUGUAAAACCUAAAGACGAACCUAUCUACGAGGCCGUCCUUCCGAGGGACGAAGAAACUGAAUCUCCGCCACCUUUGCCCACACCUCCUCAUAAGUUAACUCGGCCUAUGAGUCCUGCUAUCGUAGAUAGUGUGCACAGACCUUUAAGUCCUGCUACGGUUUUGUCUUCACCACGACAGAGUAGGCCGAGCUCAAGGACGUCCGGAACUGGGGGUGCAAAUACCAAUUGGAAAUACAACAACGGGUGUACCGAGGACACUGAGAGAGACCAAAGACGAAAGUUUAGAGUUGAAAAGAAACUAAUGGAAAUGGAGAAUAUCCAAGAGAAAUCUGUCGCCGAUCCUUUACAAGACAAUUACCAUGACAUCCUAGAGUUUGCUGAAAAUUAUUUCAAUGCACAUGAGCGGUCACCUGAAGGUACAAUAAUUGCUACGUUAAAGAGGAAGAGCAAAUCCAUUGAAAAAAUACCAAUGUAUGAAAUGGUUUCAUUUCACCGCGGCUCAACUAUACCGACUUCGCACAUCCACAUGUACGAUCCAGAUAACAUAACAAUAGCCAUAUCAUUAUUUAGGGAUCUCUCCAAGUAUACGCGUGGCGACGUCAAACCGGACAACGAAGUGCAAAUAAUUCAGACUAUUAUUGGCGCCGGUAUUAACCGAGAAGAAUUGAGAGACGAAAUUUUUGUGCAAUGCAUGCGACAGGCGACUAACAAUCCCAGUAUGGAAUCGACAGAGAGAGUGUGGCUCCUUAUAUGCUUAGCCAUCGUUGCGUUUCAACCGAGCAAGAUAUUGUACAAGUAUUUUGUUAGCUUUUUGCGAAAAAAUCUUCAGUGUGACGGGAAGCUCAAACAAUACGUCCAAUGGUGCCUGGAGAACUGUAAAAACAUCAAAGUGUCUUGCAGGCAAUAUCCGCCUUCCACCGUCGAAAUAGCUGCUAUGAGGAGACUCGGCACGAUCGUGUGUAGGUUCUUUUUCUUAGACGGCCGAACCAAAGCUAUAGACAUUCAUCCGACCGACACGGCAAGCGACGCUGUCUGUAAACUCGCCGAUAAGUUGUGCUUACGGUCUAUCGACGGUUGGUCGAUUUACCAAAGUCGUUCGGAUGGUGAGGAACAUGUUCGAGCUCAUUACUAUCUCUACGACAUUAUCGCUGCUUGGCAAUCGAAACAGCAAACCAAACAAGCCACCCCCAGUAACUUCCCUUCGAUAAGCCGGAGGGCGAGUAACACGUCGUUGAGUAGUGGUGAAAACCGUUUCAUAUUCAAACGUAGACUGUUUCGGCACUCACGUGAAAUAUCUCAGGAUCCCAUUGAAGUAAAUCUUUUGUAUGCUCAAGCUGUUUACAGCGUCGUAAAAUGCGACGAUUUCCCGGUCAGUGAAAAAGUAGCCUUGCAGUUGGCAGGACUACAGUGUCAAGUAUCACUCGGUGACCCUAAAGAGUCGACGUUGGAGUUUUACGCGGACGUUGAAAACUAUUUGCCUUUCCGAAUAAGUCAAACGAGGAGUUCUGACAGUUGGGUGCCUAUAUUAGCUCAAGCCCAUCAACAGUACGGUGCCGGCAGGUCAGAACUCAUGGCUAAGGUCUUGUACUUGUCGUGUGUAAUGCAAUAUCCACUGUACGGUACCACGAUGUUCCACGUCACUUACAGGGGAUAUUGGUCCUACGGUAAUAGUUUGAUACUCGGUGUAAACUGCGAAGGCCUAAUGUUGAUCAAACCCGAAGACAAAUUCGUCAUGUACGAAUUCCGCUAUUCCGACGUUGAAUCAAUAUUUUUAGAUCCUAGCGACUGUUUUCUCACAAUAAACCUAAUGAGACACCAAAACGACAGCGCUUCGGCACAUAGGUGUUUCGUCUUUGAAACCCAACAGAAAUCUGAAAUCGGAUCGCUCAUUGUUAGCUAUUGUCCUGGACUAGCCAGUUGGAUUAGCGAAAGCGAGGCACCAGUCAAAGCCAUCACAAACGACGAUCGCAUCCGGUUAUAUCACAACGUGAUAAAUUGCCGACGGACUUUAAUUGACUCCGACAUGCUUAACAAACCCCAAGAUACGUCGGGAAAUUUUUUGAAAAACACCCUGAGACGACUAAGCAAACACAAAUUGGAGAAAUUAUGGGCCGAACACAUUGGGUCGGAACACGGUGAGACGUAUAAAGGGUUUUCAGGUUCAUACUGGUCGUUCAGUAGGCAACCCAUCCCGCAGAGUCUCAGUCGCUUGUCCGAACAAGACGAACAAACGGCCAUUCAGAUGUUCCAAAUCAUGUUGAAAUACGCUGGUUUAGGUCAAAACGGAGAAGUGGUCCGAAGAGCCGAAGAUGAACACAUUACCCUAAUACAAACGGUCAUGGAACGGUCGAUGAGAAAAGAGUCACUGUUGUGCGAGCUGUACUUACAACUGAUCAAACAGACCACAGAGCAUCCCGACCCCAACUCUCGAGUAAACCUAAGGCAUUGGGCAUUGUUGUCGCUCACUUGUUCUGUGAUCUUGCCACCGCAACGCAAUAUCCGAAAAUAUUUAAUAGCUCAUUUACGGAAGUGUGCAGGAGACUGCGUUACCGAGGAAGGAAAAUACGCUCGUUUCGCCGAAAAAUGCGUGUCGAAAACCCAGGGUACUAGGAGGAGACAGUGGCCGCCAUCUAGAGAAGAAAUACUGUGUACCAUUAACAGAAGGUUGAUAUAUGCACGGUUCCAUUUCAUGGACGGCCAGUACCACGCAAUUGAGUUUCAUCCUUCGUCGACGGCUAAAGAUGUAGUGGAAAUCGUCAAAAUGAAAAUUGGUCUUCGAAAAACCGCUAUGGGUUACGCCAUUUACGAGGUUCUAGGAAAUUCGGAGCGUAGUCUAGUGGCUGAAGAAAAAUUAGCCGACGUCAUGUCAAAAUGGGAAAGAUAUAGAAAUGCCAACACCGGUGGAGCCAGUACGACCAAACCCAUCCGGAAACACAGUCACAUAUUCUUGUUCAAGAAACAUCUGUUUCUCGACCAAUACAUGGAUUUGGAUGAUCCCGUAGAAAAAGAAUUGUUAUAUUAUCAAGUGCUCCACGGUCUCCGGUGCGAUCGUUUCCCAGUGACCGACAAUGAAGCGGUUAUGUUGACUGCGCUACAAGCUCAAGUAGAAUUAGGAGACUGCGACGAUGUAGUUAUGGAAUACCGGCAAGUCUCGUGUCAUUGUCUUCCAACGAGACUUGUGACCAACGUGCCAAAUGAAGACGUAGCUAUGCAUCACCAAAGCCUUAGAGGCAUGACUUCGGCAGAAGCUAAAAAGGCAUUCCUAAACCUUAUCAAAAGCUGGCCUCUUCAUAGGGCUACUAUAUUCGACGUUAUGCAAUCGUUUACAUCCAAUUGGCCUCGAGUCCUUUGGCUGGCCGUCGAUCAAACUGGCUUACACUUACUGGAGCAUCGUUCCCGUAACACGUUAUGCUCCUACGAAUACGACAGCAUUCUGAGCUACAGCCCAGCUGUUAAUUGUCUCAUGAUCAUAACGGGUAGUGAUAAGAAACAAAGCAAGAUCAUCUUAACUACAUCACAGGCGUUUCAAGUAGCCAACUUAAUACGAGAAUACACGGAAGUAUUACAAUCGCCACAAGGACUCAAGAAAAGAGAUGGAGGAGGUAGAAAAAGCGGCAUCAACGGCUCAAGCUCCCGACCUGUUAGUAUUCUUCAUAAACCAGUGCCCGCGAUUGAAAUGCAAACAUAAAUUAUCUUCGCCCUUGAAAAUAAACAGUUAUAUUAUUAUUAAUUUUUUUUUAUCUACAUUGUUCGUAAUGCUUUAAAAGCGUUGUCGCCUUUAAAUAGUAUGUUUUGUAUUCUUAACAACCCUAUACCAAUUUUUUUAUUUCUUUAUUUAAUAAUUUGACAAUUUGUUAGCUGUAGGUUAGGUAUGUUUGUGUUAACUAAUAUUUUUUUAUUUAUUUUAAUUUUAUUGAGCUCAGGUUAAUAUUUAUAAUUAUUUAUUAUCUAUAUUGAUAUGUGUUAAGUCAACAAUAAAUAUGCUUUAUUGUGCUCAUUAGUAAACCCAUUUUAUUAUUAUGUGUAACUGCUAAUUGAUUUGUUUAGUCAUAACAUAUUUGUAAUUUUUAAUUUAUUAACCGGUUGUAAUAUUUUUCAAGGCAUUUAUCGAAAAUACCAGCUAGUAUUGAGUUAUAUUUUAUUUUUAGUGUAAUUGUCAAUAUCGUUAUUUAUUUUU